AUGGCGGUACUAUCCGUGAUUUCCAUUCCAGCGCUGCUGGUGUCGCUGGCUGUAGCUUUUGUCCUUUUACGCCUCAUCGAGUACAUAAGAUUCCGAAGCGCGGCGGCCCGCCUCGGCUGCAAGCCGGCCGUUUGGGGUUUUGGCGGCGACUGGGCCGGCCUGAGCCUGAUGAGGAAGGGCCUCAAGGCGCAGCGCGAGAAGAACGUGCCCAUUUGGAUAAGGCAGGAAUUUGCGCGGCUGUCGGUGCGAGAGGGCCGCCAGGUCGGCACCUUUCAAAUGAGCGCACCGCUGUUCCGCAACGUGCUCUUCACAUGCGAACCCGAAAACAUCAAGACAAUUCUCGCGACGAGUUUCAAAGACUUUAGCCUCGGCGAGAACCGCAUCGGAAAUUUCAAGCCACUACUCGGCGACGGCAUUUUUGCGUCCGAUGGCAAGAAGUGGGAGCACUCGCGCGCCAUGCUGCGCCCCCAGUUUGUCCGCAGCCAAGUCAGCGACAUUUCCCUCGAGGAGACGCACGUGCAAAACCUGAUGACGGUGCUCGACGCCAAUCUCGACAAGGGCACGGGGUGGUCGGCGGCCGUAGACCUACAGCCGCUCUUCUUCCGACUCACGCUCGACUCGGCGACCGAGUUCCUGUUUGGUGAGAGCGUCAACAGCCAGCUGCGGCGCGAGGGCGACGCCACGACAAACGCGGCGGCCUUUGCGACGUCCUUUGACGCCUCACAGAACCAGCUGGCGAUUGCCGGCCGCUACGGCAACAACUACUGGAUCGGCCACACCAAGGAGUUUCACAAUGACGUGCGAAUCUGCCACGAAUUUAUCGACUAUUUUGUGCAAAAGGCGAUUAAUGGACAGAGGAAUACGAGUGAAAAGGCCGAGGACAAUGAGCGCUACGUCUUCCUCGAGGCUAUUGCCAAGGAGACCUCGGACCCAGUGGAGCUACGCUCACAGCUCAUCAACAUCCUGCUUGCCGGCCGCGACACAACCGCCUCGACGCUUGGCUGGUUCUUUUACACCAUGGGCCAAGCCAAGAAUCGGCACAUCUACAAGCGCCUGCGCGAGGUGAUUGUCGACGAGUUUGGCACGUACCGCAACCCUAAACCCAUUACCUUUGAGGGCCUCAAAAACCUGUCGUACCUGCAGUGGUGCGUCAACGAGACGCUCCGCCUAUACCCAAUUGUGCCCAUGAACGGCCGCUCCGCCGUCAAGGAUACCGUUCUUCCUCUUGGUGGCGGUGCUGAUGGACGUUCGCCGAUCCUGGUCAAGAAGGGGCAGGAUAUUGGAUAUUCAGUCCACGUCAUGCACCAUCGCACCGACCUUUGGGGCGCCGACGCCGACGAGUUCCGCCCAGAGCGGUGGGAGAAGCGCAGGCCCGGCUGGGACUACCUCCCGUUCAACGGCGGCCCGCGCAUCUGCAUCGGCCAGCAGUUUGCGCUGACGGAAAUCACGUACGUGGUGGUGCGCAUGCUCCAGCGCUUCGACGAUCUCGACGGCUCGACGCUGCCGGCUGAGUCGCACGGUCUGGGCCUGACCAACUGCCCCGGCGAAGGCGUUCCGCUGAAACUGCAUUUUGCCGAGUAA